CUUUUUUGCGGUAGUUGACGUUUUGUGAGAUGAAUUCUGAGCUGUGUUUUAAGUUAUGCCUCCACUCUUCGUACUUACAAAAACAUGCCAAAAAUGUAAACAACUAUUUGUAAUGCUAAGCUUAAAAGUGAAUUUCACAGUAGACCAGAUCCGAGCAAUCAUGGACAAGAAGUCCAAUAUUAGGAAUAUGUCCGUGAUUGCUCAUGUUGAUCAUGGCAAAUCAACCUUGACAGACUCCUUGGUGUGUAAAGCAGGCAUCAUUGCUUCAGCCAGAGCCGGAGAAACGCGAUUCACAGACACACGGAAAGACGAGCAAGAAAGAUGUAUCACAAUCAAAUCUACUGCAAUUUCUAUGUAUUAUGAACUCUCAGACAAUGACUUGACCUUCAUCAAACAGUGCAGGGAUGGUUCAGGCUUUCUUAUUAACUUAAUUGACUCCCCUGGACAUGUUGAUUUCUCCUCUGAAGUUACAGCAGCUCUCCGUGUCACUGAUGGUGCCCUUGUUGUGGUUGACUGUGUUUCAGGUGUUUGUGUACAGACAGAGACUGUUCUGCGGCAGGCUAUUGCGGAACGUAUCAAACCAGUACUGAUGAUGAACAAAAUGGAUCGUGCUUUGCUGGAAUUGCAGCUGGAGCCUGAGGAACUUUACCAGACAUUUCAGUGUAUUGUGGAAAAUGUCAACGUCAUCAUUUCCACCUAUGGAGAGGGUGAAACUGGACCAAUGGGUAAUAUUAUGAUUGAUCCAGUUAUUGGUACUGUUGGGUUUGGCUCUGGUCUGCAUGGCUGGGCAUUUACUCUGAAACAGUUUGCUGAGAUGUAUGUAACCAGAUUUGCUGCCAAAGGAGAAAAAGUACAACUCCCUCCAGCUGAACGUUCAAAGAAAGUGGAAGAUAUGAUGAAAAAACUCUGGGGUGAUAAAUAUUUUGAUCCAGGAACUGGAAAAUUCAGCAAAUCAGCCACUAGCCCUGAUGGAAAGAAGUUGCCAAGGACAUUUUGCCAGCUAGUUCUGGAUCCUAUCUUUAAGAUCUUUGAUGCCAUUAUGAAUUUUAAGAAGGAAGAGGCAGCCAAGCUGAUAGAGAAACUUGAUAUCAAGCUAGAUAUUGAAGAUAGAGAUAAAGAGGGAAAACCCCUUCUUAAGGCUGUGAUGCGCCGCUGGCUGCCUGCUGGAGAUGCCUUGCUUCAGAUGAUCACCAUUCACCUACCUUCCCCUGUCACAGCACAAAAAUACCACUGUGAACUUCUUUAUGAGGGGCCACCUGAUGAUGAAGCUGCUAUGGGUGUCAAAAACUGUGAUCCCAAAGGCCCUCUGAUGAUGUAUAUUUCCAAAAUGGUCCCCACAUCGGAUAAGGGGCGUUUCUAUGCCUUUGGACGAGUCUUCUCUGGUAUUGUUUUUACUGGACAGAAAGUUCGAAUCAUGGGACCAAACUACACACCUGGCAAGAAAGAAGAUCUUUACCUAAAACCCAUUCAAAGAACCAUUUUGAUGAUGGGUCGUUAUGUUGAGCCCAUUGAGGAUGUACCUUGUGGCAACAUUGUUGGUCUAGUUGGUGUUGACCAGUUUUUGGUGAAGACGGGUACCAUUACCACCUUUGAACAUGCCCACAACAUGAGAGUGAUGAAAUUUAGUGUUAGUCCAGUUGUACGUGUUGCUGUUGAAGCAAAAAACCCUGCUGAUCUACCAAAACUAGUUGAAGGUCUAAAGCGUCUGGCCAAGUCUGAUCCUAUGGUUCAGUGUAUUAUUGAAGAGUCUGGUGAACACAUCAUUGCUGGAGCAGGGGAGCUGCAUCUAGAAAUUUGCCUUAAAGAUCUGGAGGAAGAUCAUGCUUGUAUUCCAAUUAAGAAAUCAGACCCGGUUGUAUCUUACCAUGAGACAGUUGGUGAAGAGUCAAGCCAGGUGUGCUUAUCCAAAUCUCCCAACAAACACAACAGGCUGUAUGUGAAGGCUCGACCCUUUCCUGAUGGCCUGGCAGAGGACGUAGACAAAGGGGAAGUCAGUUCCCGUCAAGAACUGAAACAGCGUGCGCGUUACCUGGCAGAGAAAUACGAGUGGGAUGUGUCUGAGGCUCGCAAGAUUUGGUGCUUUGGACCUGAUGGUACCGGUCCAAAUAUCUUAGUUGACAUCACGAAAGGUGUCCAGUAUCUAAAUGAAAUCAAAGACAGUGUUGUUGCUGGUUUCCAGUGGGCUACAAAAGAGGGUGUCUUGUGUGAGGAGAACAUGAGAGGUGUUCGUUUUGAUAUCCAUGAUGUCACUCUGCACGCUGAUGCUAUUCACCGUGGUGGUGGGCAAAUCAUUCCUACUGCAAGGAGGGUUCUGUAUGCCUCUAUUCUUACAGCACAACCCAGGCUUAUGGAGCCCAUCUAUCUGGUAGAAAUACAGUGCCCAGAACAAGUGGUUGGUGGGAUCUAUGGUGUGCUGAACAGGAAAAGGGGACAUGUUUUUGAAGAAUCCCAAGUGGCAGGAACUCCAAUGUUUGUGGUCAAGGCUUAUCUACCUGUAAAUGAGUCAUUUGGUUUUACCGCUGACUUGAGAUCCAACACUGGUGGCCAAGCAUUUCCACAGUGUGUCUUUGAUCACUGGCAGGUUUUGCCUGGAGAUCCUUAUGAUGCAAAUUCUCGUCCUUGGCAAGUUGUGGCUGAAACACGUAAACGCAAAGGCUUGAAGGAGGGUAUUCCACCUCUGGAUAACUUCCUAGAUAAGUUAUAAUCACUUCUGUUUCAUGUUGUGUGAUGCACUGGCCAGUUUUGUCCUGAUACCGUUUCCUCACAAAACCAGGAAGGAAACGGAAAGUUUUUAGAGUGUCACAUUAAAUACACACACAGUGUUAACAUGUUGUGAUGAUGGCAUGAUCACCUACUAAAAAAAGAAAUAAAAAUGACGCGGUAAUUUGACUUACGGGAUUGUUGUUGCCUGUAUCUUGUCUGUGGUCACCGAUGCCUGUGUCAAAAAUACACAUUAAAAAAAAAAAAAAUCAGUUGCCUAGGACUAAUGGUGUUCUUUACAGUUUGCCUAAUCCACAAUUGUCUUUUAACCUAGGAAGCAGCUCCCUUCGUUGUUGCUCUUGCAGAAAUUCUUGUUGAACUGUCAGGUUUUGUCCUCUCAGCCAGAAGAUGUGUUCUUUCAUUUCCAAGCUUGAAUCUUCUCUGCUGUUGAAGACUGAUAGUGAAAGGCUUGCAGUCACAGUUGGUUUGAAGGUAUCUUUGAUAUAGUCCACUCAAAGCAGUAACCAGAUACUUCCAUAGUGGAAACAAAGAGGGUGGUUCAAUGUGGUUGCUUAGAUGAAGGUUGCCAUUUGGAGCUGUUGGUUCAUAAUGCAAGUUUCACUGCAUAUUGUACCUGACUUGGCCAAACUGGGACAUGAAGAGUGUCAUCACAUUAAAGAUGCUGGAAUGAAGUAAAGUCACAACAUGCACAAGUCCAAAAACAAGCAGCAGGUCUCUUCCUCCACCCACGGGCAGCCAAUAAGGAAACAUUUCUAAUAUCAUCCCCGUUUUGUGUCUAGACAAAUAAAAGGAACGAAGAAGAGGAAACUACAAGUAGUUCAAGGUAUAUCCUCUAAGAGCAGUGACAACUAGCGUCCGUCUUAUACACCAUUAGCGUGUAAGCAUUUAGGGCAAGAUGUUUAAAAUUAUGAAACCAAUGAGAAAUUACAGCCUUUUUUGUUUUGUUUCUAAAUAUUGGCCUUGUGUUUGCUAUGUCAACAGAAAGAAAUGGUAAACUUCCUCCCUCCCUCUCCCCUCACCUCGAAAUCUGUUCUGGCCAGUGGCAUCUCUCCUUCUCUUCUCCAUUAGAGAAAAAUUUUGAAGGAGAUUUAAGCUCAGCUGCUUUUACAGAAUUGACAGCUGCUUUUGUUCUUGCACCUUCUAGAACUUCAGCUGAUAAGAGACAGACAACAGUUCUAGACUUCCAUUCUCUCAGCUUACUCUCCUACCCAAUUUGGGAAGGCAACCGAUUUCUUAACAAGGGAGAAGUGGAGGGAGGGAGCAGUAAAGGAACCAAAAUGGACAGAGAAACAAGGGGAAUGAUAUCCAUCCCAUUGCCAAACUGGUGCUGAAAGAAGAGGAAAAAACCCAGAGAUGUUGCAGGGGAGAAAUGGAGACAGGCAAUGGAGCAGGGAGAGGGAAGUACAGGAGGCCAAUGGGACACCUGUCACCACGAGUCACCAUUUCCUGGGCUCUGGGUUCGUUACAGCCGGCAAAGAGAACCCCCAGAGUCCCUAUAUACAGUGUUCUUUUCAAGGAGCCAGGAUAGAAAACAAUCAGUAUCCCCACCUUUUGUCUGAUAUUUAGCAGCAGUGUUGAAGAAUACAUCAUAGGCAUUUAGGGUAUGUCUAGGUAAAGAAAGUCAAUAGAGUUCAGCUUACAUAUUGUAGCUCACCUUAACCUUUUUCAUACAGUCUAGACAGAGCACCACUAGAAUCAGCUAGCAGAAUAUCUCUACUUCUAGGGUUGGGAUGAGUCGGCGCCAUCACACCUCUAUAACUUAAAUAAGCAGCUACUCUCCCUCGCAUCUACAACACAUAACAACCAGAUGUUUACACAGAGUCUAACUGAAUAUAGCGAGAAGUGUUUCUGGCUGCCGUUCCAAAGUGCCAAUUUGUACCCCAGAAGCAAUGUUUUUCACAUCGCUGUUGCGAAGUGCAACCUGAAACUGGAAAGACAACCUGUACUGGACUUGUCUAGGCAUCGCAUCAGUGCAAUACUGCAUAUAGUCUUGUUCCAUUAAAAAAAAAAAAAAAAAAAAAAAAAAAGAGUUGAUCAAUUCUCCAAUUUUUACCCACCCCACAAAUUAAUAAAGCUGUCAGAAUACACAUUAAAAAUAGCCACCACCUACCUGGCAAGUCUGAUGAAAUACUGGAUAUUGGUGGAUGAUGGAAUGGUACUGGGUAGUCUGUUAAUGAAGGAGGAAUAGCAGCAGCAUCGACCGUUGUCACGCUGGGCACUCUGACAGUAGAUGGCUGAUACAUGAGAACCCUGUUUUGAACAGCAUGGGAAGUUACAAACAACCUGGCCGUUAGUUACAGAAGAGAAAUUACGCACCGCUGUGCACUCUCAUUCACGAGGUCACUAUGUAACAACACAACUACAGCGUGGCUACUCACUACACAGUAUUCCACUCUAAUUUCCUCUUUCAUAACAGUCUUCAUAAUAACAUGACCGUAUCUUGGCUCUCAACAGCAGCUGUGACAUAAGAGCAAGUUGGCAUUAAAACAAAGUACAGUGCUGGAGUCAUUUAUAACAGUCUACCAUUCAGAGACAGAAAUGGCAAUCUCUAUCUGUGGAGCACCCUGGGAGGGAUGUGCAGGUAGCCAGAGCCAGGAGAAGAGCACUCGUUUCAAUGUCUCCACACCACCGUUCCUCGGUGCUACCCUGUCACGCCGAAGGCACGACUGACUAUUAUUCAGCCCCUGAGAUUACACACGUGGGAGUUAAAUACCAAACCCACCUUUACUCACGGCCUGAGCCCAAGCUAAAUUCAGCUCUCCAGGAGCAUGCAACCAGUUGAAACCCUUCUGCAUCCCCACCUUCUCCCCGAUUACUUCGCGGCACUGCUAAAGACACCACCACAGGCGUUCAGGCACCAGCCACGUGCAUAAAAUAUUUCAUAAACUCCAAGUCAGGUGGAAACACCCAGAGUCCCGCUCCCAGCUGCUCCGCAUCGCUCCCUCCAGCCCACCAGCCACGAGUGUUAGCCACUCACGUCUUCCUCCCCAGACUGCUGCAUCGGUGCAUUUCUGCUACUUCUGAUUUCAGAAGCUUGGAUUUCAGACCCUCCCUUCGCAAGCACCUCUUAUACUUCAGCCUGUGUUGCUUCUGCCUGUAGGAAGACACCCCACAGUUCUGCCAAAACUAGCAUUCAGGCAACACUGUUUACAGGAGAGAAGCUAUUCCCCAAAAGCCUGGCUUUGACUUGGAUUUGAAGAAUGAAAACAUGCCAUUUCCAUACCCAAACAGCAAGGAAAAUACAUUGGUCACAGACAGACAAGAAAACUCAGUCCUCCUACAAUUAUGGUUGCAGGUAGCCAUCUCAGACACACACAGGAGCACAGAAGGAAGUCUUGGUGCCUUCUGAAACUUCAUUAAGAGAUGUAUUUGUAGCUAUUUUUUCUUACAAAAAUAAGAAACAGUCUCUCUUGCAGAAGGACUCCUCCACAAUCCUCACAAAAAGCAACAGCAUUUCAGAAUCACUGCUGAAAGUUGUUGAAGAUGACCAACUAUUUUCUCAAAGACCACACAUUCCUGUGGACUAGAGACACAGUACAGCUGCUCAUUACUUCAAGAGCUGGCAAAACAGAAGGGGUUUGUUUUUAUUACUAUUAUUUCAGUACAAGACAUAAGCCACUACGCUGAGACACACAGACACACACCUCAUGCAUGCAGCAACACUAACUAAUAAGCCAUUACUAAAAGCUGACACUUGGAAUCGCCUCGCAGAGCAGUGACUGCUGGUGAGCCUGACCAGUGCCCCUCUCUCCCUGCAGGUCUCCUGUGCCCUACGGGCCAAGGGCAAGAACUUUACGGAAGCCAUGAACAGUAACUGCAGCCGAGUUGUGUAGAUUGGGACAGACAGAAGGCGGCACAACAGUAAAGAAGCUGGUUAAGCCUGCCGCUGAAAUCAGGCAUGACUACAAAGAUGGAGCACUUGACAGAGGACUUGGGAAGUCAUCAGUUGUGCUAACCAAGGUGCGGGACUGACUGAUAACCAUGGCCAACAACAGUGUCCAAGACAUUCCAGAGUUUAACAGAGAGAUGGAGAAAAAGCUUGUCUUGACUCAAAACAGCAAAGCGCCUCCCUUCCAAGACUGACAGGAUGGAUGAAACACACAACGCAGCCUAGUUUCCUGGGCACCAGAGCAGAUUAAAUGAAGGGUACAACAGACAGCGAGAGAAAAGCCUUUAAGAUGACACUAACUUAGCAAGAAUGCAUAAAGCUCCUCCACUUGGCAUAAUCUGCUUUCUCAGGAGAAUCCUGUCCAUUAGCUUAAUCAGCUUCCUUUUCUAUGGAGAAAUAGCCCUGCAAACACAGCAACAGUCAGCGCAAGUCUUUUGUGAGAUGUAAAACUAUUUAAUAGUGUUUUGCCUGUACAAAGGUACUGUAUCGAUACAACCUUCUGCAAGGAGAGGCCUAGAAAUUCUCCUCUGGAAAUGUGGAGCUGGAUCCCGGAGAGAGAUUACAAGUCCAUUUGUCUACACAUCAGUUUAUCUGAGACAUUACAGAAUAACAACUAACUUUAAAAUUGACAAACCCUUUGGUUGGGCUUCCUUGUGUUUCAGACAUAAAUAUGCACUUCCUUUUGGCAGGAGGAUCUUCCUCUUCAUCAGAAGAGCUUUCUAUUGUCAAGUCAAUAACGUCCACUUUCUUCUUGUUCACCUCAUUGGCCACUGUCACAGAACACUGUUUGCUAACAACACUGGAACCUAAACAAGAAAAUAAAAUGUUACUGUUUUUUGAAGGCUGUUGACAUCAGCUGUUUCUAUCUGCAACAGAACCAGGAACUCAAAUCCUGUUUUAGCUCAUCUUCCUGGCCACUACAGAGAAUGUUACGGCCCAGGAACUGUUUUAUUACUAUUCUGUAUCACACUGAGAAUAUUAAAGCACAAGCUUUAAUCUUCACUUAUCCGUUUAAGGACCUAAAACAAGAGCAACCUCUCAUUUUCUUAACUGCUAUCAUAAAGAGCAAAGACAAAGCCCCAAAAUGCACACUUUUAGAGAUACAACCCUUGUCAUUUAAAGUAAAAAGAAAGAAGGUUAGAAGCAUUAAGCCCUCCACAACACAAACAUCAACAUCCAUACACAUUAUACAAGCUACAGCUAAGUCUCCAAGACUUUUUGUUGGUUUGCAACCAGUACCCCAGAUGUACGUACUUUCUAUUUUGGUGCACUGUGGACUUGAGACUUUCACAGCUUCUUUCUUUGGCCUCAUGGGGCACCAGGAGCCAUCUUCUUGGAAUUUGAUCUCAUCCACAUCUGAACAUUCAUUAAGGAUUUCCAUAAAGAGCCUGAAAAAUAAAGUUGAGUGGUUUAA